CACUCCCCAAAUGGCUACAACAGCUGAGGCUCGGCCAGGCCAAAGCCAGGAGCUUCCUCUGGGUCUCCCAUAUGGAUGCAGGGCCCAAGGACUUGAACCAUCUUCCUCUGCUUUCCCAGGCACAUUAGCAGGGAGCUGGAUUGGGAGUGGAGCAGCUGGCACAAAAACUGGUAUCCACUGGGGAUACUGGCACUGCAGGCCGUGGCUUAACCUUCUACACCACAGCACCAGCCCUCUGAAACCUCUAAAUUCUAUGAUAAAUAAUUGACCACUGUGACAAUAGAACAUAGGUCAGUAAAGCAUAUUCCAUUACAGUAAGUUGUCGGGAGUUCAACAGUUCUCUGAAAAUUUAACUGAGUAGAUUAAAUGUAAAUAUGUUUUCUAUAAUGAAACUUGUCAAAAUGCAAAGAAAUCAGCUAUUUACAGUCAUGGCAUAAGUACCUAGUGAGAGGUGAAUGCCUUGCCUUUGUACAUCCCAUUUCUAAUGGAGGACAAGAAGUUAUUUUCUUCAAUGGCUGACUUCCAGAAUUUUUGCCUGAACGUUUUUUGUCAAGCAUAUAUUCCCUUCUUUAGGCCUUUCUACAUAGAGCCCACAAACAUCGUCAAUGUGAAUGAUGUCAUUCAGAGGGUUAGCGACCAUGCCUCUGCCAUGAACAAGAGGAUUCAUUACUACAGCCGGCUCUCCACUCCUGCAGACAAGGCACUGAUUGCCCCAGAUCAUGUAGUUCCAGCUCCAGAAGAGUGUUAUGUAUAUAGUCCCUUGGGUUCCGCUUAUAAACUUCAAAGUUACUCUGAAGGACAUGGUAAAAACACCAGUUUAGUAACCAUUUUUAUGAUUUGGAAUACCAUGAUGGGAACAUCUAUACUAAGUAUUCCUUGGGGCAUAAAACAGGCUGGAUUUACUACCGGAAUGUGUGUCAUCAUGCUGAUGGGUGUUUUAACACUUUAUUGCUGCUACAGAGUAGUGAAAUCACGGACUAUGAUAUCUUCACUGGACACCACCACGUGGGAAUAUCCAGAUGUCUGCAGACACUAUUUUGGCUCCUUUGGGCAGUGGUCGAGUCUCAUUUUCUCCUUGGUGUCCCUCAUUGGAGCAAUGAUAGUUUAUUGGGUGCUUAUGUCUAAUUUUCUUUUUAAUACUGGAAAGUUUAUUUUUAAUUUUAUUCAUCAUAUUAAUGACACAGACACUCUGCUAAGAACCAAUAGUAGCGACCCUGUGAUUUGCCCAAGCGCCGGGAGUGGUGACCAUCCUGACAACAGCUCUGUGAUUUUCUAUGUCAAUGACACAGAAGUCCAGCAAUUUGAAAAGUGGUGGAAUAAGUCCAAGACAGUGCCCUUUUACCUUAUAGGGCUCCUUUUGCCAUUGCUCAAUUUCAAAUCUCCUUCAUUUUUUUCAAAAUUUAAUAUCCUAGGCACAGUAUCUGUUCUCUAUUUGAUUUUCCUUGUCACUUUGAAGGCUAUUCGCUUGGGAUUUCACUUGGAAUUUCAUUGGUUUGUGUCAACAGACUAUUUUGUACCAGAGAUAAGAUUUCAAUUUCCACAGCUGACUGGUGUGCUUACCCUUGCUUUCUUUAUUCAUAAUUGCAUUAUCACACUCCUGAAGAACAACAAGAACCAAGAAAACAACGUGAGAGAUCUAUGCAUUGCUUAUAUGUUGGUGACAUUAACUUAUCUGUAUAUUGGAGCUCUGGUUUUUGCUUCAUUUCCUUCACCACCAUUAUCAAAAGAUUGUAUUGAGCAGAACUUUUUAGACAACUUCCCUAGCAGUGACACCCUGUCCUUCAUUGCAAGGAUGUUCCUGCUGUUCCAGAUGAUGACGGUAUACCCACUCCUAGGCUACUUGGCUCGUGUCCAGCUAUUGGGCCAUAUCUUCGGUGACGUUUAUCCUAGCAUUUUCCAUGUGCUGAUUCUUAAUCUGAUUGUUGUGGGAGCUGGAGUGAGCAUGGCCUGUUUCUACCCAAACAUAGGCGGGAUCAUAAGAUACUCAGGAGCAGCCUGCGGCCUGGCCUUUGUGUUCAUAUAUCCAUCUCUCAUCUACAUCAUUUCCCUCCAGCAAGAAGAACGGCUGACAUGGCCUAAGUUAAUCUUUCACAUUUUCAUCAUCAUCUUGGGCCUGGCUAACCUGAUUGUUCAGUUUUUUAUGUGAAAUACUCAUCUGUUUUCUCAAGAUCGUUCGUGGUGUUUUGAGCCUUGACAACAGUUCUACAUCAAUUCACUUAUCAAUGCCGUUGUUACCCUAAUUCCAAGUGUUUUUCUAAGAUAACCUGAAAGCAAGGAAAGUAGUGGUUGACUAAUAAAUAUUUCUGAGUGGGGCAGGAGGGGCACUAAGAAGGAUCUGAGUCUCUCUCUUCCUUGUAUUCGCUCACCUCUUCAUUCUCAUUGUCUUUUCUGGUAGGAUUGUGUGUCCUAGGAGGAAGUCCUGCUGGGUUUUGCUUUCAGAGAGGGGAAGUGGGUAGAUGUAUCUGGCUACAGUGAAGACUCAGGUGUCACAGCAACAUGUUGCCAAAUCCUGUUUCUGUUUUAUACUUCAUAGAUUCACUUCAUUUUCUUAUUUGCUAGCCCAUUUCCACAGUUUGCUCAAGUCACUACUGUUUGGCACAGUAAACCAAAUACCUCAUUUUAAAACGAAGUUUUUAUGACCUAAGUGUCAACAGAGUGAAUUCUUAAUUGAGCCUCUAUUAGAAAAAAAAAAAAUUUUUUUUUUAAAUUGUCAGUAUAGACCUCAUGGUCAUGACACACGUGCAAAAUAAAAAUAGUUUGCUGCUGUUCAGUUCCUCUCCUAUUUCUAAUCCAACAUCAGUGACGUAGGAGUUCAAACCUAUACGCUGAAUUUUGCAUAGGAACAAAAAUGUCCCUAUAGACACAGGGGGCUCUUUUACUUUUUGGGUCGCAGAGCAUUGCUAGGCUGUCAGGACAGGCCCAUCGGGGAAACAUGGCAGAGGAACCAGAGUGUGAGGCCCUCCAGGGGAGAAAAGGGUGGAGACGUAGCCAGGGAGGGUGGAGCCUCUGCCCAUAGCGUCCUCAGUCCUGCGGGGGUGAAAGUGACUUCUUUAGCACAGGGAAAAGUCGUUCUCUGAUGUGUGACCCCAGGAGACCCCCAGUGCUUCCCUCUGUGAUGAGCAGGGCAGACGGAUUAAGUCUCCGCAAGACAAACUCCUUGGAUCUGAGACAGUGAUCAGGGAAUCUAGAUUCUUAGAAUAAACAAUCUCCAUUUUCUUCUUCCAAUUUAAAAUCCAAACCCAUAUCUUCCAUGUCAUGCAGCCGCUGUACCCAGCCCAGGACAACUCAGUGGUGAUGUUUCUUCCCCAGAAAAUUUAGAAUUCUCUAAUUUUAGGCUAAAUUUAAAGAAUGCACUGUGCUCUCACAGAUUCUACAUCCCUGGAUAAUGUGUAGAUUUGUAUUAUUUCCCUCCUUUGAGAAAGACAAAUGAAAAGUUUUUUUUUUUAGACCAAAUCAGAAAUCCCAGAUUUAAGACCAGCUUUGAUCUCUCAGAGUCCAGCUUCCUGCCCUCUUCAUAGACUCAUACACCCAUACGAAUGAUGAGCAGUAUUUCCUAAAGUUCUUUACGAAUUCUCAAGCACUCGCGUGGAGAGAAUAAUACAGUGACCCUCCAGAUCCCCCACUAGGCUUAGUAACUGUAAGACUGCUGCAGUUGCUUCUCCUAUACCUUUUUCUUUUCCACUGAAAUAUUUUAAAGCCAAUCUCAGACAUGAUGUCAUUUCAUCUUAAUAUGCAGCUACUAGCCUUUUGAACGCAAUUAUGUUUAUUGGAGAAAGUCUCAAAGUUUUGGUUAGCAGGAACUGCUGGUAGAAGUUAGGUUAAUUGGAAAAUUCUACAUUGGGUGUCUGGAUCCCUGAGUGAUUAGUCUGUCUUUGAAGAGGGGGAUAAUGAAGAGGAAGCUUCAUGGCUUCAGAAUCUUGUUCAGUUAAGGACCUAGAAUUCAGAGGCCAGGCAGCCCUGUGCGCGAUCUCUCGGCUCACCACCUGUUGACCCCUCACUGCUACCUCUGUCUUUAAGCUUUAGAGACGGAGUUUUCAUUGCCUCUUUUCUAUAAUGUACUUGAAUGCUUUCACACAUGGAAAAGUGAUUUGAUGUAUUUUGCCCAUUUAACGGACAAAGGGAAUAUGAAAAUGAAUGUUACUUACUGAACAAAAAAAACCGCCGCGGAUCUUUGCUUUUAUUUUCUUUAAGAGACGUCGUAAUGUAGAACCUCUACAAUUCUGUUACACUUUGCUGAAUAAUCUUGCCUCCUUUACAUUUCUUUUCAUGAGACAGGCUCCUUGAUAUUGGGCUUGGUCCGAGAACGCUUGUGUGUGUGAGCGUGUAUGUCCUGGCUCAUACGUUAGGAUGACGAGGUAUGAACUCAUUCAGAUCAAAUUACAAUUAAUUUUAGAUUUUCUUGCUUCCCUGUCAUCUCUUUGAUUUUUCCAAUUAAAUUUGUCUCACUUUUUCCUCUGAUGUGGCUAGCCCUAGUUGCUUUAAAUUUAGCAACGCGGGGACAUUAUAAAAUUUAAAAAUGGGUUGUUUAGAGAGUUCUUUCUUAGAAAGCCUGUGGAUGAAUUUGUGCUACACUAAUAUUGAAUCAGAAGGAAUGAAGAAAAUACAGCUAAGUUUGGUACCUGGGGCAAUCAUUCUAACACUGGUUUCAUCGUCACACCCCAAAAUGCACUGGAGUAAAGAACAAAGUUCUCCGUAAAGAGGGACUGUCUUAAAGGGAAAUGCUUUGUUUACAUUAGGUAUAUUUUGCAAACACAAUGCAGCUACUACCUGUAGAAAUGGAGUAGUUUUCUGUUCUACUUGGAAUUCACUAGGAGCUUUUUUUAUGUGUGUGUUGCUUUAUCCAUUUCCAUAAGUAACUGAAUAAACUAUGACGUUCAGUGCAAUGGAGAAGACAAAGAUGUAUAAGGUACUCAUAUACCAAAGAACCUUUAAUCCAGUUAAGGCACUGUGGACCAUAGUUAACUAUGACACAGGUAGUUUAUGCCAAGGAAUAGUAAGAGAAAGAGAAACAGGUCUCAGGGUGGGCUGGUCAAGGAAGCUGAGUUGUAAAGCAGCAAUGGCUCACUUUCAGACCACUCCUAGCUGUCCAAGAUCUAAAUACUUGGUGUGUUGCCCAGCUAGUGGCACCAUGUAUGUUAAAUGCAUUUGCUUUCGUUUUGGUAAAUUUCCUCUAAGAUAACUUUAAUGAGACAUGUAUAACUGCUUCUGUGUGCUGUUUGUUAUUCUCUGCGUUUGUAACACAUUGCAUUAUUCAUUUCUGUGGAUCUUGGACAGCAAAGUAGAAUUGACUAAUAAGGGAAAUAAUUAGUAACACAUUGAGCCAUACAAACAAAUUCUAUACAAUUUCCUCUCCAAAGACUUGACUUCUACCUAAAUAUCAGUAUUCAAAAUGUCAAAUGUUCAAUAUCUUUGAUAAGUGCAGAAGAUAGCAAUGUUGCAUGUUUUCUUUGUAACACACUGACCUAUUGUGUUUUAAAAUCUGGUGGUGUUUUGUUUUGUUUAACCUCGGUUUCAUUCCAAUUCGAAUGUCCAAAACCAAAUCCAAAUCCACUUGACACCUAAACAAUAGAAUGUUACCCCAGUUUGUGAUCCAAAGUGAAAUUAAUCCCCGACAUGCGCACAGCUGAGCUGGCUGGCCCCAGUUUUACAGUCAACUGCCGACUUCACUUAGAUUAUGUAAACAUGUAUUGCAAAACAGCUCUGCCGGGAACCUCAUAACUUAAACGAUGUUCUCUGAAAUGCAAUUUGUCUUUUUAUAUAAGAGAAGAAAUUAAAUCAAAAUUACUUUGGAGAAAACAACUGUGGAAUUUUGUUUAAUUGAAUUUUGCGGGAAACGCUGCUGCCUACCAGCACUGGCCACAGGUUUGGGAGAGGCUGGGUCACUCUUCUCCAGUGGCUUUGUGCCUGCGUCCGGCAUCUCUCUAUGGUACUAAUUCUAGGGAAGGGCAUACAUUACAUUAUAUAAGUCGAAUUCUAAGUGACCAUCCCUUUGGGACAGUAAAGUAUUGUGACCUCUGCGCCUUAGGGCAUUGAGAAUGAAUCUGACACUUGGAUGAGUUUAGCCCAGUUUCUGAUGAAGGCGUGGUGUCAUUCUUCCAGAGCCACUUAAGCCAACAAAGAACUCUAAUUUGCAGCCUUCCCCAAGUAAAAUGACUUCCUUUCCCAUUGUCAUUUGUCUUGAUUUCCAAAUUCUAGUGCAAACAUAAAAUAAGACUGUGUCUACUUAAAAGAUUAAAAUGUCUCCAUUCCCCUUAUUUAUCUCAGACUGUCAUGUAAAGGACAGGUUGAAGAUGAGGGAGAACUCACCAGAUUGCUCGUCCCUUGGCUUUCUCAAUCUCAUCCAGUAAUGUUUGAUCACAACUGACACUCAGUAUAUAAUUGUUUAAUCAAUCAGAUAAUUAACUAUUGAGGAUUCUAUUUUAAGAGAAAACAGUAAGUUAAUUCCCAUUAUCUGGGAUUUUUUACAUACCAACCACUCCCUCCCCCCCCCCCCAAAAAAAAAAAAGGGGCAGUGCAGGAUUGGUGAAUCCAUCAGUAUUUCUGUUCCUACUGUAUGCCAGACCUUGUGCUAAGUGCUGCCCAUAGAGCAGUGAACAAGCCAGAUGAGGCCCUGCAUCCUGUACCCUUGCUGCUGAGCACCAGCAACUGGGGCCUCUCCCUAGGUGGCAUGAACGUGCCAGGCUUUUGCCCUGUCCUGCUGCUGUCCACAAAGCACUGUGAUGUAGCCACUGCAUACGCAGAUUUUGAAGAAAUGAGUGUAGGUCAGCAGUAUAAUAAAUGGAGUUUGGUAAAAUGAGCUAUGUUUGCAAGUUAAAACAUUUUAAAAUCCUUAGUUAAUUAUACUCACAUAAAAUGAUUUGGACAAAAAGCUGGAAGGUGCCACAGAAGAACAAACAUGGGUGAGGAGCUAAGGUGAUGGAAUCAUUUACGUUGCUAGGCCAUUGUAGCAGAUGUUUCCAAGAAGAUGCCUAGAGUAAAUCAUGGAAAAGACAGCUUGUGGAAAUGCAUUCAUAUCUGCACUCAGCCCAGGAAGUAAAGCCCUUACAAAGAACCUAGAAUGGAUGAGAGAGAGAGAGAGAGAGAGAGAGUAGACCUUGGCUACACAGGGGCAGAUUCAGGUACCUGCAGCUGAUAGAGUCUGGAGUUUCCUCUUUUAGGAAAAUCGUAGUGAAUUAGGGACCUCGAGUUAGGAAGGAGCCCGUACAAGUGAGGAGCCCUGCCUGUAGCUUUUUUAGCUCUGAGGUCAGUCAUCCACAAACCACUCUGGGGCAUGAGGAGGGAAUGUUGGAAAGGGGAAAGGAAGGGCACCGCUUUAGAUACGUCAAGGGUUGGGUUUUUCUGCUGCCUCUAAAAACUGCAGCUUUUGCCAAAAUGGAGCUUUUAUUUCUGGAAGAGUCAAAUUGUGUUUAGUAAAAUAGCAUGGAGUACAAAUUCAGUAAUGAUUAAUUUGAGGUCAAACUAGGAUAUUUUUCUAUUUUAGAUGGGAGUUUUUAUCUGGAAAAUGGAUCUUGCAGGAUUUAAAAUUUUUUUUUUAAUCUUUCCAGAGAUAAAGAGUUCAGAAAUACUGUUUAAUUUUCAGCUAGUCUUGCUUGGGCAUGAGGAACCUUUUAGGAGGUCUUGAAGCAGAGAACUGCCGAGAGCAACCUUGGAAUCAGGCUAACGUUUAUUUAUCCUACACCUUUUUUGGUGAAGGAUCUAUUUCUACUACACUAAAGUAAAAUCAAUUUUAAAGGAGUAACUUGAGGAAUUUUUAGAAAGCAAAUUAGAAAUGUAGGACACUCCUUGAAGAGCGGAAACUCAAAACUCGAUUCAAAUAAACCAGCAGUCACUCCUUCCCGCGGUAGUGUCCCUCACUGCAGGUGGAUAAAACCCAGGCGGGCAGUGACCGGUUACUGAUGCCUGUGGAUUCCCAGGCGCCAAGGGAGCGGCAUCCUUCCCGUGCUGCCCGGGCUCUGUAUGUCAUGUGAGACUCGCCAGGUCCCUCCUCUGUAGAAUCCUAAAGUGCCCCAGUGGAAGAAUGAGCAAGGGCCUUUGCAGCAGAGAGAAAACUGUGGAUAAACGUGGAGAGAAAAAGCGUUCAGAAAUGAACGACCGAUACGUGCUCCAACAAGGUUAAACUCCAGAGAGAUUACGCGAAGUGAAAGAAGCCAGAUGCAAAAGGCUAUGUGUUGCGUGAUUCAUGUAGAAAGGGCAAAUUUAUAGAAAAAGUAAAACAGUGGUUUCCUAGAACUCGGAUUGAGAGCAGAGUUUAACUAUAAAUGGGCAGGGAAAGCGAGGCCCUAAGGAGGGUGUGGUGAUGACCGUGCUCUGUACAGUCACCAAAGUCAUUGACUGGUGAACUUACAUUGGUUACAUUUUAUGGAAUGUAAGUGACCCCUUACAGCUGUUUAUAAAAACAUCAAAGUUCAACCUCACUGGUAGAAAAGGAAAAGUAGUAUCUUCUGCUUUCUACUUGGCAAAUACUAAAGAUCAUACUAGUACUCUGGCAUUGGUGUGGAAAUGGACAUUUAUACAGAAGCGGUGGGCGUAAAAGUGGGAAUGGACUCUCUGAAGUUAAUUGGGCAGUAUGUACCGAAGCCUGCAAAUGCUGAUUUCACUUUCACUCGUUUCCAGAAGUAAAUUCUAAUGUAAUAAGUAGGUACCCGGGGACAUGCACGCGCAGGCUAGGCUGUUCCUCUUUACUGUUUAUAAUGGGAAAAUUAGAAACAACUUAAUAUCUAACUAUAGGAGAUUAAAUUAUGCAAUAUCCAUUUGUUGGAGGUCUGUGUGGCUAGUUAAAAAAUGAUACUGCAGAUGUAUAUAUGUCAUGAAUGUCUGAAAAGUGUUUAUAAGUGAAGAGAUUACAAUUAAAUAUAUGUAGAUCAAAACCGUUUGUUUCCACAGGCACGUAGAAAAAGGGCUGGGAGUUUAUAUUACAAAACGAACUGGGUGCUAGAACCUAAUGAGUGUUUUUUUUUUAUUGUCUUGUUUACUUGUAUUUUCUAAAGUUUUAAAGUAAAGUGAAUGGAUCAUGUUUUAUGGGGGAGAAGCAAUAAAAGUUCUUUACUUUAAAAAGUA